AUGAAGGCUGCACCUCUUUUGAUUUCCUGGCAUGAAGAUAGCCUACCCAUCUAUUCCGUUCACUUCGAUCCUCACGGGAAAGGUAGAUUAGCGACAGCUGGAGCAGAUAACAAUAUUCGGUUAUGGAAGCUCGAAAGAGACGGGGAAGAUGCCAAAGUCUCGUUCCUGUCGACGCUGGUUCGACAUACACAAACAGUCAAUGUCGCCAGGUUCUGUCCAAAAGGUGAAAUGCUUGCUUCUGCCGGCGACGACGGGAAUGUGAUUCUGUGGACCCCAUCUGAUGCACCCAUGCUGGGCAUGGGUGAGGAUCAUGCAGAUGACAAAGAGCAUUGGCGGAUCAAAACAACUUGCCGGACAAACACAGGAGCUGAAAUAUAUGAUCUUGCCUGGUCGCCAGACGGUAGAUAUUUUAUCACGGGCGCCAUGGACAAUACUGCCAGAAUCAUCGACUCACACUCCGCUGAGCACAACCACUACAUUCAGGGCGUAGCUUGGGAUCCGCUGAACGAGUUCGUUGCAACACAAUCAUCGGAUCGAACAGUCCAUAUAUAUGCUUUGAAACUAAAAGACGGAAGCUGUACGCUGUCAACACAUGGGAAAUUUAACAAGAUGGAUUUGCCUGGUCGAAGAAUAUCAACACAGAGUCCUGCUCCUGUAGAUCCUACCACGCACAGGCAUUCCUCAACCGCAAGUGCUGCAGGCCUAGCCAUAGCCUCACCAGCGCCAUCCAACCCAGGAACCCCAAUGACCACACCUCUGCCUAUGGAUCCCCCUCUCACAGCGUCCAGUAGACGAUCGUCGUUUGGGUCAUCGCCUGCUCUCCGUCGAUCUGCUUCGCCUGCGCCUUCACUACCCUUACCUGCAGUCAGACAAGAAAUCAAUUCACCAAGCUUGAAUGCAGCUAUGGGCGUUGCCGUUCGAAAUACCAACAUGUACCACAACGAAACAUUGACAUCCUUUUUCCGCAGGCUGACCUUUUCCUCGGACGGCAGUCUGCUCUUUACCCCCUCCGGUCAAUACAAAUCACUCCAUCAUUUGCCUGGCGACCUUGGCAGACCCAGUGAAGAUACCACAAAUACUGUCUAUAUUUAUACAAGAGCUGGGUUCAAUAAACCACCAGUGGCUCAUCUGCCAGGUCACAAAAAGCCAUCGGUUGCUGUAAGAUGCUCACCCAUCUUCUAUGCCCUCCGAAACCAUGUCAAACCAACCCAACAGAUCACCAUUGAUACUUCCUCACAAAGCGAAGCAAUACUCCCACUUCCCGAGGCUGUUAUCCCGUCUCAUCCUUCUACAUCUUUCAUGGAACCUCCUCCGCUUAUGCACUCCGAUUCAGUACGGAGUGAGAUAAGUAGACCUACAUCAUCACCCAAACCUGGCGAAACUGAAAACAGUGGUCCACCUCCGGCUUUUGCCUUGCCCUACCGCAUGGUCUACGCUGUAGCCACACAAGAUGCAGUUCUCCUCUACGAUACGCAGCAGACCAUUCCACUUUGUGUCGUGAGCAAUCUGCACUAUGCUACAUUCACAGACCUGGCGUGGUCGAACGAUGGAUUAACGUUGCUAAUGUCCUCGAGUGAUGGCUUCUGCUCGACCUUAUCUUUUGCUCCUGGAGAGCUUGGAUCCGUCUACACUGGAGAACAUCCCACGUACAAGCAUCCACAUCCAAAUGUGUCAACAACAUUAUUGGCACCCACAGCUGGCAAGGAAACACCUAUGACUACGCCAACACUAGCGUCACCAGGGCUUGCAAAAGUGUCUCCUGCUUUCCCAGUACUUGCAGCACCUUCUCCUGCACCCUCAUCAACCAGUUUUCAGAUGAGGCCAGGAAGCCCUGCAAGAUCAAAUUCGCAGUCGUCUGUUGCGACAAUGACGUCCGUGUACAACCCACCUGGGAAUAUGCCUACACCAAUCCUGAGUUCGAUACCUGGAGUUGCUGUGCCAUCGAUGACAACGCCUCCACACACACCAAUGGGAGUAGGAAUCCAGCAGCCAGGGCAUCGCAGUGCUGCAUCUUCUAUCAGCGGAAGUGUACUUGGCAAGAGAGACGUAGAACCGGCGAGCGAAAGCGAAAGAGAAGAUGGGAACCAGCCUAAGAAGAGGAGGAUAGCACCGACAUUGGUGCCGGAGGCACGUCCAAGGACGGAAUCUCAAUCCUCGGCGGGGACGGCCGACCCAGGACAGGACGUCAGAAAAGUGUGA